AUGUCACCGAGUGAAGUGGCGACCUUGUUCCGCCAAGGUGUUGCGGCUUACUCAACAGGCUCGUACGACCUCUCUAUCGAGCUCUUCACAGCUGUGAGUGGGACGCGUCACCCCGGAUCCUUCGCGGAGAGACACGUCGCGACGCGCUCAUCUCUUUGGCUGCUUCUUACCUCCUCACUCAGGUCAUCGCGCAGAACAAAACCUCUGCGAAAGCUUACGAUGCUCGAGCCAAAGCAUUUGACAGAGUUGAGAUGCUCAGGGAUGCGUUGAGGGAUGCGAAGCGCGUGACGGAGCUGAUGCCCGAUUCGACGAGGGUCAGUCUAAUACGUUUGCGAGCCGAGGAUGCUGUUGGGGACGUCAGAGACUGAUCACGAGUCUCUUUACAAUCGCUCGACUCAAGGGCUAUGAGCUGGCCGGUCGUCUUGCGAAGGGUGGAGGGAUGCUCGAAGUGGCCCAAAAAAUGUUCAACGCCGCUCUGACAAAAUGUCCGGCAGGAUCCCAGGUGGCACUGGUGAGUCGUCACUCCUUACCCAGAAAUCCUGCGUUGACGCUCAUUUGAGCUAUUCAUGCUUUUCCAAGGCUAUCGAAGAAGAGCUGAGACAGACUCGCGAGCUGGCGGACACACUCAAUCCGGUGAGCAAGACUCCACAAGUCAUUUUUACCUAGCUCUGAUGCACUAUGGCCUGGUGGAUUGUCUCACAGUCGAGCGCGAUCACAAACCUACCGGCAGAGCUUCUUGUUCAUAUCGUGGCCAUGGUCUGCAACUUGGAGGCGGCCAAGCCCUCGCCGAACCCUACAAAUCCGGCGAUCGUCGCCUCGCACGUUUGCCAUCAAUGGCGCACGGUGGUGACCGACGCGCCGACACUAUGGAAGUCGUUGCACCUCGAUUGCAUUCGCUGGGGUGCCCUGACGGUUCGCAAGACCAAGUUCUGGGCCGCACGGAGCACAGGCCGGAUUCCCGAUGGUCCGAACGAGGCCUCUGUCAGCCUCGGAAAGCGCAGAGGUCACGGCAUCGCAUCGUUCACACUAGUCGCCGUCGAUCACAUCACCCCCGCGAACCUGUCGAUGAUUCUGACGGCACUCGACGAAUACGACGCGGCACCGACGCUCAUCAACUUUGCGUGCACGUGGAAGAAGCCGAGCCGCGGCGAUCAUCCCCAAAAGCAGAUCGACCGCUUGUUCCACUUUCUCGUAAAAAACUCGGCUCGAUCGCUCCGGUCCCUCUUGCUCCACACCCCCAGUACAGGACUCGAGGUUGGCUUCUCUUUACCGAGACUCUGUCACACCUUCACGGCGUUAGAGGAGAUCAACCUACGGGGUUUCCAAGGGUAUGACACGUCCAUAGCCUUGCACCUCGGGAGCAACCUCUUGCCGCCUUACGCCGACGAGGCCGACUGGCUACCGACGCCGAUCCGCACGCUCGUUUCGGACACCGUCAUAUGGGAACUGCACUUCGCGAACGCGGGGACGGCGACACCUGAAUUCAUCCCUAGCGACUUUCCGCACCUGACUCGACUCGAAUAUGCGGCCUCGCGUGGACCAGGGGAGGUUUGGCGCUUGUUCACAACUCCGGGUUUACGGCAUCUCAAAAUCAACGGCAUGACUUCGGCCCGAAUUCCCGAGGAAAGUUCAGUCGACCUCGAACGGGCGCUCAUCAGCCUCGAAUCAUUGACGCUCCUUUCGACGAGAAACUUUGGUUCGUGGCUUUUGAACCUGAUGGUCGUACAGAACAAGACGUACGACGCUCUACGCUCGGUCCGCAUCACCCCUCUCACGGUAACCAAUUCGAUCCUCCAUCUUUUCGGAGGCGACGUCGCGCCCCAACUCGAGAUCCUCCGUCUCGCCUCAUCAAAUACGUCGCGUUCAGAGCCCGUCGAGUUGCCUUCGUCUUUCCCUAAAUUGAAGCAGCUCGAACUCUCCAACUCGGCCUGGGUCAAGAACGAGCAUCUCAUCUCCUUGGCCAGGUCCGCUCCUCUGCUCGAACGACUCCGUCUUGACCAAAUCGAAAACCAGAUUUCCAAAGGGGUGAUGGAGGUGGUGAAAGUGCGAUCGGAGGGAUUGAAGGAGUUGGAUUUGACGGGCUGUUUGGGUAUUCAGGGGGAUGCGAUCGAUUGGUUGAGGCAAUUAUGGCCUAGGGAGAGUAAGGUCGUUAAAUUUUCGCUGAGUAGUGAUAAAGGUGCGGGGAGGAAGGCUUGGAGACAAAGUGGGACGUAG